CUUUAUUUAUCUGUAUUUUUCGCCCCCACAGACAAAAUGAAAAAAAAAUCGAAAAGAAGAUUCAAUUCCAUUUUUGUUUCUCAAAUAAUCUCUCUCCCCUAAUCCUCACGCCGCGCAUUCAUUUCGUUCCCUCCAUAAUCCAAGCUUCCGUUACAAGAUUUUUCCCCUUUUUUCUUCGAUUUUCAUGUUUGAAUAUUCGUGAAAUAAAAAAAACUAAAUCCCCAGGGAGCAUUGAUUUUGCUGGAGGAGGAUUUUCGAGCAGAGAUUUGGAUAUGUGGGGAAACGUGUUCGCGAUUCUUCCGGGAGAUAGAAACAUAGAUGAUAUUUUAGGGUACCCGAAGAAGACGGAUGUAGAGGAUGAACGUGCAAGUGAGGCCGAAUGGAGAGCAUCGAGUAGAGAUGAGGUCGACCAUGAGCAGAGUACACUGGACAUGGUUCAGGAAGCUAGGUCGUCGAAGAGAGAUGAAGAAGAGGAAGAUGAAGUGGAUACAACAUCUUGCGAUGAGAGGGUGUCGAUAAGUAGAGAAGAAGUUUGUACCCCGAGGAGGAACGGCGUUAAGAAAGAAGAUGGGCCUGACGAACAAGCUGCGUUGGAGAGAGAUGAGAAGAAGAUCAAAGAAGUGUGUACACAAGUGUCAAACGGUCAAGAACAUGUAACAUGUAGUAGAUGUGAGGACAGAGUGUUGGGAAAGGACGGUGGGGAUGAUGAACCGGAGAGUCUAAGAUGUGAGACGGCACAGGUUGCUGCUGAGACAGAGAUGGAAACGAGAGGAGUGAGAGGGGAGCAAGACUCUCCCUCGUGUACUCCGGAUGCAGUGAAAGCAGCUGGGGAGACAUUUCAGAACGUGUACUUCAAUGGGCCGGUCUUACCACAGUCACCAUCACUGGGACAGCACAGGCGGGCACAGAGCGAGAUAGGGACUCCGGGACACAGGCGCACAAACAGUUUCCAGAGACUGAAGACACAGAUGCAGAAGGCUUGGCGUGGGGUCAGCAAUCUACGCGAGGACAAUCGGCCCACUUUCAAUCCUGAGGUCUUAGCAAACCAGAAGAGACAGUGGUACCAGCUCCACUCUUCAAAAGCUCUGGAUCAAACUAAAUACAAGGAGCCGACCUCACUGUUUGAACAUUUCAUCAUUGUGGGGCUUCAUCCGGAAACGGAUUUGAGGCCAGUGGAGGAGGCAUUUCGUAGAAGGAAGAAGUGGGAGAUGGAAAUGUCAAGGUAUGAAGUGGCGGACUACAGAAUACUCCGUCACCGUGGGCCUCAGUUUCCGAUACUGGAGCCACAGAUACUUUUUAAAUAUCCUCCUGGGAAGAAGGUGGCAAUGCGUCCAAAGGAUCUAGCAACUUUCUGCUUUCCUGGUGGUGUCAAGGCACGACUUUUGGAGAGGACCCCAUCUCUCAGUGAUCUGAAUGAGCUUGUGUAUGGACAGGAACACUUAGGCACCGAUGAUUCAUCAUUCAUAUUUUCGUUCAAGGUAGCAGAUGACGCGACACUGUAUGGUGUUUGCUUACACGUCUCGGAGAUUGUUCAGAGACCCCCUGGUGUACUAAGCACUGCGUCACCCUUGCAUUCAUCUGGAGGAGGCAGUCGUUUUUUGGUUUCUGCACCUCGAUGCUAUUGCUUGCUGACCAGAGUUCCUUUUUUCGAGCUACACUUUGAAAUGUUGAACAGUAUGAUUGCACAGGAGCGUCUAAAACGGAUUACCGAGUUUGUUAGUGAGAUGUCUCUUGCAGCUGCAUGCCACCGUCCAUCAGUUUCCAGAUUGAAUGAUCAAAUGAAUGGCUGUGUUUCUUCGCCACGUAGCAACCCUGAUGAUUGGAUGGCUUCUGCGAUACCUGUUGAUGGAGUCAUGGCACUCACGGCCGCUGCUGCAGGGUUGAUAUCUGACUGUGACAUUGCAAACUUUUCGGAGCCUCAGUCUCCAGAUAGUGUUGUCACCAGUGAUACUUCAGAGGUUAGUCAGAUCAAGGAAAUAGAAAGAGAUGGGAGGAAAGUUUUCCAUUGUUGCGAUGAUAAUUCUUCUGAAGUAUUUGAUAACCACUUGGAUACCCCCGAAAGAACGUCCCACAGCUAUGAGAAUGGCCACGCUUCUCCAGAGAUUACCUGUGUUGAUCCUAGGACUCAACCGAUAGAGCGUAUUGAAAGCUGCGAGUCUGUGUUUAGUUCAGCUAGAAGCGUGUUGUCUGAUGAGGUUGAUGAAUUAUCAAAUAGCGAAAAUGAUUUCGGAGAUGAUCUAAUACUGGAAUGGGCUAAAGAACACAAUAAUGAUUCGUUACAAUUGAUUUGCGGCUACCACUCACUGCCGAUUCCUUCCCAUGGAAGUGCAGUAGUUUUCCACCCGCUGGAACAUUUACAAUCCAUCGAGUAUACUCGUCCCCCUGUCUCAGCUCUAGGAUUGUCAGAAGAAUAUAGCUGCUCUUCUGAUUCUUCCGGGAUAAAUGCAAGGUUGGCAGCUGCUGAGGAGGCAAUGGGUCUCUCGAUGUGGACAACGGCAACAGUUUGCCGUAUUCUCUCUCUUGAAACUAUUAUGUCACUGCUUGCUGGAGUAUUAUUAGAGAAGCAAAUUGUGGUAAUCUGCCCAAAUCUGGGUGUUUUGUCAGCAAUAGUACUGUCUCUCGUCCCAAUGAUUCGGCCGUUUCAGUGGCAGAGUUUAUUGCUUCCGGUUCUGCCUGGAAGGAUGUUUGAUUUCCUGGAGGCACCGGUUCCCUUCCUUGUCGGUAUACACAGUAAACCUAUUGAUUGGAAGGUCAAGACGUCUAAUCUAAUUCUAGUUAACAUCCUCAACAAUCAGGUGAAAAUAUGUAACAUGCCAGCAUUGCCUCAGCGUAGAGAACUUAUGGCUCAGUUGGCUCCAAUCCAUGAAACACUGUCACAUCAUAGCUCGACAGCUAGAAGACAUCCGGUUUACAAAUGCAAUGAAGUACAAGUAGAGGCUGCGACCAGAUUCUUGAGAGUAAUGAGAGAUUACAUGGAGUCUCUUUGCUCAGAUUUACAUUCUCACACCAUAACAAGUGUUCAAUCCAACAGCGACAGGGUUUCUCUACUUCUAAAGGACAGUUUUAUCGAUUCAUUUCCUGGUAGAGACCGACCCUUCGUUAAGUUAUUUGUAGACACGCAACUGUUUAGUGUUUUAUCAGACUCGCGGCUAUCGAGCUUUGAGAAUGGUCGUCUCUAAAGCUCAUUUUGUCAUCAACUUAUACAAUACGAACCGAAGAAACCAACCAUUGUCUAAUUAUACGAAGAAACAACCAAAAAAAGAAGCACAAGAGGGUAACUUCACUACCCCUUAUACGCAGAAGACACUACAGGUGCUGAAUACAAAUGUUUUUAACUCAAAUUUUACUGCAGUUGAAAAACGCAAAAAACAGAGACAUAUGCUUAUCGUGUCUGGAUCUCUGAUUCUGGAUCUUUGAAAACUUGUUUUUGCUCUUGUAAAUUAAUCACCUCUCAAUAGAAGCUUUUGUUCGUCAAAGUUGUACAGAACACUUGUAAACCCUUUUUUUUUCUUUAAUUCGAGUGCUUGAUUUGAUGUUUUAAGAUAGUUUUGUAGUACGUUUCUAAAAUUAGGUUUUACAUCUAGAUUUUACAUUUGUAUAAAACUUUGUUCGUUUAAUAAAGAAAAA